AUGGCAGUCCUUGUACCAUCAAAACACACUCGCGACUCAUUCCCUUCCGAUGCCAUAGCGAUAGUGGGAGCUGCCUGUCGCCUUCCCGGUGUGGAUACCUUGGAGGAUCUGUGGGAUAUCAUCUCUCAAGGAAGAAUCAAAUUCGAAGAGGUCCCCAAGGACCGGUGCAGGAUUGAAGGGUCGUUUCGUGGUCAACAGGAUAGGAAAUGGAUGAACCAACGGAAAUUCUACGGUAAUUUUGUCGAUGAUGUGGCUGCAUUCGAUAAUGCCUUCUUCGGCAUCAGCCCACGAGAAGCAGCAUAUAUGGAUCCUCAACAGCGGCUUUUGUUAGCCACCGCAUUCGAAGCGAUGGAUUCUAGUGGAUACCUACGCAAUCAUCGGAAAGAAGAUGGCGACCCAGUCGGCUGUUUUAUUGGAUCCACCUACACAGAAUAUCUAGAAAACACAUGUGCUUACAGCCCAUCUGCAUUUACAGCCCCAGGGACUAUUCGCGCAUUCCUCUCCGGGAAGAUCAGCUACUAUUUCGGUUGGACAGGACCGUCAGAAGUUAUUGACACGGCGUGCUCAGCCUCUCUUGUGGCAAUUCACCGUGCCUGCCGCGCUAUUCAGGCUGGCGACUGCUCUAUGGCAUUGGCAGGAGGGGUUAACCUCAUUACCGGAAUUCACAACUACUUAGAUCUGGCCAAAGCCGGCUUCCUCAGUCCUACCGGCCAAUACGGCUACUGCCGUGCAGAUGGGGUAGGUCUAGUCGUCUUGAAGUCUCUAGACCAAGCCAUCAACAGUGGGGAUCAAAUUUUAGCUGUGAUUCGGGCGUCGGCUACGAAUCAGGGAGGGCUUCAUGCGCCCUCCAUCACCGUGCCGGAUUCCAAAGCCCAGCAGGCAUUAUACCGCCAUGUUAUCUCUGAAGCCGGCAUCCUGCCAGAGGAAGUGUCUUACAUUGAAGCGCAUGGUACCGGGACACGCGUGGGAGAUCCUAUUGAGAUUGAGAGUAUUCGAACAAUUUUUGGCGGGUCUCAGCGAACGGCACCACUACAUCUGGGGUCUAUCAAAGCAAAUAUUGGCCACUGCGAGACAGCUGCGGGCGUGGCCAGUCUGCUCAAAGUUAUAACAAUGUUUUCUCACCGGAGCAUCCCACCGUUGGCAGGAUUCAGGGCACUAAAUCCUAAAAUUGCUUCUCUUGAGCCGGAUCAAAUAAUUAUCCCAACAAAACUCCUCCCGUGGAUGGCUGAGAAUCGCAAUGCUUGUGUUAAUAGCUAUGGUGCCUCAGGGAGCAAUUCUACCCUGAUAUGUUCUGAAUGGGUGGGGGAGGCAAAUAUUCCUAGGGGAUACCCUAUUUCAUCCAGUGUGCCCUACCCGGUGCUCUUGUCUGCGGCAUCAAAAGAAAGCCUGAGAAGGUACGCUUGUGAGCUGGCAUCACAUAUCCUGAAGUCACCUCCGGGUAUGAGUGUCGGUGACAUUGCUUAUACGCUGAGUGAGAGACGCAAGCAUCACCAAUUCCGGUGGACUACUACUGCUGCAGACCUACCCAGCUUAGUCCAACAGCUGCGCUCCGACAUCCGACCCUCCGAAAUCCCGAAGACGCCAAGGCGGGUAGUGCUUGUAUUCUCGGGACAGAGCAAGCUCAACGUUGGCUUACAUCCCCGGCUGCGUGAGACAAGUCCACGGUUCAUGGUGUACAUUGAUGCCUGCAGCCAGAUCUUGAUAAACUUAGGCUACCCCGAUAUCCGCCCAGCUCUGUACAAGUCAGAGCCCAUAGAAGAUGUUGUUAUCCUGCAAUGUGGUACAUUUUCGGUGCAAUACGCCUCUGCGAGAUGCUGGCUUGACGGCGGACUGAAGGUGGAGACAGUCAUUGGCCACAGCUUGGGCGAACUUACUGCGCUGGCUGUUUCGGGAGCACUUUCUCUGGAGGAUGCGCUGAAGUUAGUCUCCUACAGAGCUUGUCUGAUGAGUAGCAAAUGGGGCCCCGAUCGUGGGACUAUGCUGGCUAUUCAUGCAAACCUGGCGACUGUUAGAAAAAUCAUCGGCUGCGUCACAACAGCCACAAACUCGUCAGAUUCUGAGGUCCUUGAGAUUGCGUGCUAUAAUAGCAUGGCAAGUCAUGUGGUCGUUGGCAAUGAUUCAUCGAUAUCCGUGGCUGAGAUGAUUUUACAGAGCGAUCCCCAAUAUAGUGGCAUCCGCGCACAACGCCUAAAUGUGAGCCAUGGCUUCCAUUCGCGGUUCACAGAGCCUCUGCUCGGCGACCUAGUUGAAUUCUCCCGAAAGCUCGAAUUCCACCACCCUAACAUUCCACUGGAGAUGUGUACCGAGCACGCAGCCUCAUCGACAACGACAAUGGGGCCAACAUACUUAGCUCAUCACUCCCGAAAGCCGGUGUACUUUGUGAACGCCGUUCAGCGCCUUGAGAAAAAGCUGGGUAAUUGUGUCUGGCUAGAAGCCGGCUGGCAGACCCCUAUCACGUCCAUGACGAGAAAGGCCGUCACCCACCCCGAAGCCCAUGUAUUCCAGUCCGCUGAGCCUGUGGAAAUCGCGGUAGCAAACCUCUGGCGCGAAGGGAUUGCCAAUUCUCACUGGGCCUUUCUCACCCCUAGGGAAUCAGACGUCAGGCAGAUGUGGCUGCCUCCAUAUCAAUUUGAUUGUUCGCGUUACUGGCUCGAGUAUGUUGACCGUACCAUCGAGGAGAGGAAUAAACUUCUUCCAGGCGUAGAUCAAUCUCCCAUCGGCGCAAAGACGGCUACCAGUCUGGUAAGCUAUCGCGGCUGUGCUGGUAGCAACAAUGCAUCUCACAACUUUCGCAUCCACACAGAGACCGAGAGAUUCACGCGCAUUGUCAAGGGUCAUGCGGUUCGCCAACGACCACUUUGCCCAGCAUCCAUGUACAUGGAGUGCGUAACAAUGGGUGCUCUGAUUUUAGGCACCGAACUCAGCAACAAGACACUCAGUUUCCAGAACAUCAACUUCUAUCGCGGUCUCGGUUGUGAGGAAGGCAUUAAUGUGCAACUGCGUCUUGACUGCCACGUCAAAGACAGCAACUGGAACUUUACUGUUCACUCCACGAAUGCAACGUACGCAGAAGGAGAUUUCCAAGUGUCGCUGGCAGCAGAUCCUGAUUUCAAUCUGUAUUCUGUUUUGGUCUCGCAGCAGAUGACGGCGCUGCGCAACAAUCCAAACACCGAGAAGCUUUUAACCUGCCGGGCCUACUCGCUUUUCUCCAGAGUAGUCGACUACGGAGAGCUGCUUCAAGGCAUUACCAGCAUCGUACUCGGAGAAAAUCAGGCCGUGGCACAGAUUAAUAUUCCAAGUGCAACAUUUACACAGCAGGAAAGCACUGCUGCAGACAUUGCUGAUGCUCGAACUCUGGACACUUUCAUUCAGGUGUUAGGCCUGCUGAUAAAUAGCAGUACAGGGUUGAAGUCAGAGAGCGAGGUGUAUGUUGCAGCCGCGAUCAACAGAAUGGUGAUCCUGCCAUGCGACUUUCGGACUCCUCAAACAUGGACAGUCUACGCCAUGUUCUCUGCAACGGAUCGCAAAUAUACCAGUGGCGCUAUCUUUGUAUUUUCAGAGGCUGGCGAGAUGCUUGUCCUGGGCUCCGGAAUCCGCUUCGUGAGGAUACAGGCAGCAAGGUUAGAGCGGAUGCUGGGUGGUCCUUGUCCACAGACCACCCCCCUUGUUCCUGAGGUUCAGCGGUGUUCGACAGAUGUUAUCAGCAAUGGAGUUAAUUUGUCUGCACCGAGUGUUAACAAGCAUGGCUUGGACAGUCUGCAGUGUCUGAAGGUUCUCGUGUCCACCUACACUAGUGUCCCCGUCAAUGAAAUCGACGACGACGAGAGCUUUGGCAGCAUGGGCUUGGAUUCACUGGCAACAAUGGAGUUGGCUGAUGAUCUCAAGGCAAAAUUCGAGAUAAUCAUCAAUGCAGAUGACAUAGCUGCAUGUUGCGUUAAAGACUUGAAGAAGCAUCUCAAUAUUCUCUGCGAGAAAGUUUCGAAUGGCAAGACCAACGACCACAUGUGCAAUCUCACAUCUAUAGCUGACCAAGCGCCUCUCGCCAAUGGAAGAACCAAUGGCCAGAAAAAGAAACGGACUAACUGUCAGAGCUCACGACACAAGAUUGAGACACUGAUGUACAAGAAAGUUGACGGCGUCGAGAUUCCCGCUGAUAUAUUCAUCCCAUUGGAAGCUCCACCGCGAGCCAUGCCGAUAGCUCUGAUGAUUCACGGCGGCGGACAUAUGACACUAUCGAGGAAGGCGGUGCGCCCUUCACAGACCUCGUUUCUGUUGACCAAGGGCAUUCUACCAAUUAGUAUCGACUAUCGACUCUGUCCGCUAGUCAACAUCAUCGACGGUCCCAUGACAGACGUACGAGACGCCUACGCAUGGGCGCAACAGGAUCUCCCGCAUAUUCUCAGAGGAAAGGUCGAAGUAGAUCCUACCAAGAUCGUGGUCAUUGGAUGGUCAACCGGUGGCCAUCUUGCCAUGACGACGUCGUGGACAGCGCGCGCGGCAGGCCUGACGCCGCCACUGGCCAUCCUCAGUUUCUAUUGCCCGACCAAUUACGAUCCAUCUGCUCAAAUGCAAAUGGGCAAACAAUACCCUCGUCGAACAAUGUCCAUGAGCGAUAUCCGCAAAGCUCUCCCAACGAAGCCGAUGACCAGCCACUCCUUUAACAGCACCGACACCUCCGGCCUAGGCUGGAUCCAACCCGGAGAUCCCCUAUCUGAACUUGUCCUCGCCCUCGUCAAAGAAGAAAACGGCAUGGGACUGCUCCUGGACGGGAUCCCCACCGACGGCGAGAAAAUCAAGCGUCCGGACCUGAAGCGCGCCGCAGCAAUCAGUCCACUAGCGCAGGUCCGCGCAGGGAACUACCAAACCCCGACCUUCCUCAUCAUUGGCAAGGAAGAUGAGAUUGUUCCAUUCCAGACGGCAGUGGAGUUUACUAAUGCCCUCAAAGAGCAUGGGGUGAAGAGCGGGCUCCUUCCGAUCCCGGGCGCGAGGCAUAUCCAUGACUUGACGUUGGCGCCUGGGUCGGAGGGAUGGGAGAUGGGUGUGGAGCCCGGGUAUAAGUUUCUGUUUGAACAGAUGGGAUGGUGUGAUGAUGAUGAUGAGUGAUUGAUUGGUUCUGCUCUCGGGUUAUAUCUUUAUAUUUUCUUGUUGGAACCAUAUGCUUAAUACUGUAACUAAG